UUUGUUUGCGACACCGCCUGGCCCGCGCCGUAAAGUAAAAGUAGGGAGAUUUGGAGGGAAAACGACAGGCGGGAAAGCCGGGCGCCUACGCGCUGAGGAGAAAGAGGCGGCGAGGCCGCAUUGGCGCGUGCGCACAAGCGACUCCGAGUCUGUGUCGCGGGAAAGCGAUGGGUUUGCUGGAGUUGUGCCGGGAGGCCUUCGGGGCGGGCGACCUGUACCAGGUGCUGGGCGUGAGGCCUGAGGCGUCGGCCAAUGAGAUCCGCCGGGGCUACCACAGGGUCUCCCUCCGGGUGCAUCCGGACCGCGCUGAGCCGGCGGAUAAGGAGCGCUCCACCCGGCAUUUCCAGAUCCUGGGCAAGGUGUAUGCAGUACUAAGUGAUGAGGAACAGCGGGCGCUGUAUGAUCAACAAGGGAUCGUGGAUGAGGAAUCAACAGUGUUGACUCAAGAUUGUAACUGGGAAGAAUAUUGGAGGUUGCUGUUUAAAAAAAUAACUGUAAAAAAUAUUAAAGAUUUUGAAAAGAAAUACAAACAUUCCACGGAAGAGCUGGAGGAUAUUAAAGCCGCAUAUGAAGACUUUGAAGGUGACAUGGACAAAAUCAUGGAGUCUGUGCUAUGUGUUGAUUAUACAGAUGAACCAAAUAAGAGAGUUAUUCAACAUGCUAUCGAUUCUGGAGAACUUCCAUCUUAUAAAUCUUUUGUAAAUGAGUCUAAGAGAAAGAUAAAUGCAAGAAAAAGGAAGGUAUUUAACUGAGGCAAAGAGGCAGAAGAAGCCAGAGAACAAAUGGGACUUGGUGAAGGAGAUGAUGAUCUGAAAGUAUUAAUUCAAAGUAGAAUGGGUAAUAGAAAAAAGGAAAUGGAAGAUUUUGUGGCCCAGAUGGAAGCAAAGUAUGCAAACAAAUCCAAAAAAGGAGGAAAGAAAGCAACCGCUAAAAAAUGACUGGUAUUAUAAAUGAUCCUCAUUUAUCCCUAAUUUGCAGCACACUUUCAGCAAAUAAUUCAUGUGAAAGAAACACAGGAUUUUAGAUACAAUUAGCAAACUUCCAGCAAAAGAGCUGUGAAUGUUUUAGAGGAGCAGCUUUUCUGCACACAGAAAACCUGAUCAAAAACUUACUAUUUCUGUAAAAUAACAUUGUUCACCUGUUAAGUUGAAUGUAAAGCCUUUAAAAUUAAAAAAAAGAGCAAAUUGUUAAACUUAAAUGUCUUUUCAGAAGUGUAUCAGAAACACUGUAAGUCAAGCUUGGAGAUAUUUGGAAACACUUAGAAAUGAUUGUUAAGUUAA